GCGCAGAAUCCUUGGCCCAAUGUAGACGCACAUUCAGGUGUUCUACUGCAACACUAUGGUAUGACCGAGAUGAGCUUCUACACCGUACUGUUCGGUGUUUCACGAUCACUUGGAUGUUUAUCACAGAUGAUAUGGUCUCGUGCUAUGGGCUUGCCGAUAGAGCGUCCGAAGUCUCACUCAACCGAAGGCUUUAUUGAGCUGGCACAACGUUUGUCGGCUGGUGCCAACAAUUAG